UACCACCAAAUUGCAUUACCCUCUCUUGUCAUUUUGCCCACCCCCCAUCAAUCAUCUCCCAAAACCCAAACUGAUACGACCAUGGCAAGGGUAAAAUAAUUCGACUGGGAGUUUUCAAGACUGAAAUUCAAACUUCGAAGCUCAGUCUUGGAUCAAAAAAAUGAUCAUUUUACUCGUUUUUCUUGUUCUUGUCCAUUGUUUAUUCGUCCAAGUCGAAGCGAGCUGCAAAACCGGUUGCAGCCUGGCCUUCGCUUCGUAUUACGUAUGGCAAGGCUCGAACCUAUCGUACAUCAGCACCAUCUUUAACGAGCAAAUCCCCGAAAUCCUUCUUUACAACCCGCACGUUUCGAACCCUGACGAAAUUGAUACCGGGACCCGAAUCUACGUACCCUUUUCCUGCGACUGCUUGAACGGUGAUUUUUUGGGCCACACUUUCGGUUACUUCACGCAGUUCGGCGAUACGUACGACAAAAUCGCUAGCAACGCUUUUGCUAACUUGACUACGGAGGAUUGGGUGCGAAGGGUGAACGUUUAUGAUGAUACGAGGAUACCCGAUCAUGUGACCAUCAAUGUUACCGUGAAUUGUUCGUGCGGUGAUCGGCGUGUUUCGAGAGAUUACGGGUUAUUCUCGACAUACCCUAUCAGGCCAGGUGAGGAUUUGUCGGUCAUUGCGGCAGAAGUAAACGUAUCGGCGGAGCUGAUACGAAGCUAUAAUCCGGGGUUUGAUUUCACUGAUGGGAGUGGGCUCGUGUUUGUGCCGGCGAAAGACCAAACUGGAAAUUUUCCACCAUUAAAGACCAGCACAACUGGAAUCUCGAGUCGAGUUAUUGCCGGCAUAUCGAUUGCCGGAGUUGCUGGGUCUCUGUUGUUGGGACUUUUUAUAUAUGCCUGUCUUUACAGAAGGAAGAAGAUCGCUGAAGCAUCGUUACACCUACAAGCAUCACCGGACCACUACAUUCAACACGGGCAUGGUACCCUGAAGACGAGUUCGGAAACAACUGCUCUUUUUGCUUCUCCAGGCCUCACCGGUAUCACAUUGGACAAAUCUGUGGAGUUCUCAUACGAAGAGCUCGCCAAGGCAACCAAUGACUUCAGCAUUGCUAAUAAGAUCGGACAAGGAGGGUUUGGAUCCGUUUACCUCGCAGAAUUACGAAGCGAGAAAGCUGCAAUCAAGAAAAUGGAUAUGCAAGCGUCAAAGGAAUUUCUCGCCGAAUUGAAGGUUUUAACACGUGUUCAUCACUUGAACUUGGUGCGCUUAAUCGGAUAUUGUGUUGAAGGUUCAUUGUUCUUAGUCUACGAGUUCAUCGAGAACGGUAAUUUAAGUCAACAUUUGCACCGGCAAGAUAGAGAUCCAUUGCCAUGGUCCGCGAGGGUGCAAAUUGCUUUGGACUCGGCCAGAGGGCUCGAAUACAUCCACGAGCAUACUGUCCCGGUCUACAUUCAUCGCGAUAUUAAAUCAGCAAAUAUAUUAAUAGACAAGAACUUCCGUGCAAAGGUGGCUGAUUUCGGUUUGACAAAACUAACUGAAUUUGGAAACAAUUCGUUGCAAACUCGUCUCGUCGGUACUUUCGGAUACAUGCCACCAGAGUAUGCUCAAUAUGGUGAUGUUUCCCCCAAGGUCGAUGUAUACGCUUUCGGAGUUGUUCUAUAUGAACUGAUAUCUGCCAGGGAAGCUGUCGUCAAGACGAACGAAGAAGUAACCGAAUCAACAGGACUCGUCGCACUGUUCGAAGAUGUUCUUAAUCAGCCCGAUCCAAGAGAAGAUCUGCAGAAACUUGUUGACCCCAGGCUAGGCGAUGGCUACCCCUUCGAUGCGAUCUGCAAGAUGGUGAGUCUCGCCCAAGCUUGCACACGGGAAAAUCCUCAGCUGCGGCCGAGCAUGAGAUCGAUUGUCGUCGCACUUACGAUACUGUCAUCUUCGACCGAGGACUGGGAUGUUGGUUCCUUGUAUGAAAACAAAGCUCUAAUCAGCCUCAUGUCAGGAAGAUAGCUUAGCCACAAAUUAUAUUAUUAUUUCUUUUAUCUUAUAUUUUACAUUAUUAAAUACAAUCAAUUUUCUA